AUGAAAAUUUCGAGAAGAUAUGUACAACCGCCUCGCAUGGAAUCUUAUGCCCCAAGACAAACUUAUUCUCCGCCGAAAAAAAUUCUGGAUACAAGAACAACUUAUCAUCUCUCCUAUUUAAAUGAAAAUGAACCACAACUCCCUCGAUCUAAACCUUUUUAUCCUCCACAAAAUUUGAAUAUUUCUCCGGGAACAAUUUCAGAUGACACAACAACUAAAAUGAGUUACAAAGCCAAUUGGACUAUUAAUAGAACAAAACCGAUAAAACCAAAAAAAAUUGUUUCUUUUGAUAGAAAAAUUGUCAAUGGAGAUCCAGUGGAAUAUGUGACGACAGCGAAACACGAUUUUAUUGGGAAAAUCGGUGAAAAGCAGAAAAUGAUAAUUCCCAGUGGAAGUAUUAGAAUUAGUAAUGGAUCCUUAGACGGAAUGACAACUUCUAAAUUAUCUUAUUUAAAUCCUGGAUUUGUUCAACCGGCUGAAAUUUGCAAACCUAAAAGAACUUAUUAUCCAAAUGUCGAUCAAUCGAUUUCGAAAGACACGACUCAAAAAUUGAGUUUUCAGCCCUUUAGUUUGCCAAAAAGGGAAAUUUAUCCAUGGAGUCAAAAAUCAAUCUACAGACCACCUGAGACAUCAAUGGAAGGUCAAACGACAUAUGGAAAAAGUUUUGCGGAAGUCGAUUGUUCAAUGAAGGAAAAACCCAUUCUGCCAAGGUCAACGAAUUUCUUCCCAUCUGGUGGUGAAUUUUUCGAAAAGACAAACUAUCGUGAAACUUUUCAGCCACGCAAUUCACAGCCAGUCGUUCCAAUAAUUCCUUGCAGUAAUAUUUCCUUCUCUGCCAAACAAAUGUCCAGUGAUACAACAACCAAGUUAAGUUAUCAACCGGUUCGAGCGGAAAAACGUCUGGCAAUUCUUCCACGUCAUGGAAAAGUGAUUGAGGAUGGUCCAAUGCACUGUGAAACUACAACAAGUCAUGAUUUUACAUUGAAAAAUUUAUCAAAGGUCAAUGUUAUCAUUCCUUCGAAUAAUAUCAAAAUUGUCAAUAGACCGUUUGAGGGAAAAACGACCACGUCAUUGUCUUUUGUCAAUCCUGGACUGAUAAUGCCUGUACCAAGUUUCAAACCUGACGCUACAUAUAAUAGACUCGACGCUAAAGUAGAAGGUGACACGGUGAAUAAAUUAUCGUAUCAAACGUGGGAAAUUCAACCGAAAGAGGACUUUCCUUGGGCACGUCAACGUCGAUAUGAACCACCAAAAAAACCAAUGAUCGGUGAUUCGAUAUAUCACAUGAGUUAUCCAGUUCCUGGUUACUACAUUGAAGACUCUGGAAAAAAAUCUACCACUAAAAAUCAAAUUAAUUCACAAAAAGUAUUAGCUACUUAA